AUCUGUCCUUCCGUGUUGCCUUCACUCCUUUGCACAGACCGCGCAGUUUAGUAUAUAUGCUAUCGGCUGAUAGCCGCUCCUCAGACUUCUCUCUGACUUAAGUCAUACAAGACGUUUAAAAAAGUACUAAAACUAAAAAUGACAACGUCGUAACGUAUGUUUCGCUAUUCUAGAGUCUAAUCUAAUUCGCACUUCAAGUAAUAAAACCUGACAUCCUUUGAUUCGACUAUGCAAGAAGUUUCCGCGGAAUAGAAUCCGACAACAAAAUGCAAUUUCCUGAAAUAAUUGACGGCAAAAUAAAUACAGAAGAGUUUUUACAAGCCGCACGCGAUGUUGUACAGAUAGUUCAUAAAUUAGGCAAAUUAUUCGCACCUGUACGAUACGAUAUGCAAGGUAAUAUCGAAAAACUUACAAUCAGAUAUUCUAUGGAUAAAAAUAAUAAUUCAACUCUACAAGACAUGGUUUUACUUGAAAAAUCUACUGAGAAAGAUCUUAUUGCAGUUGAUGCUUUGAUGUGGUUGAGGAGGGCCUUACAUAUGAUUUUAUUGUUCUUUGAAAAAAUUGUGGAUGACCAUAAAGCAGGGAAAGCAACAGAAGAUUUAGUUGCAUUUUUAAAAGAAGCAUAUCAUGAAACCUUAGAACCAUAUCAUGGUUGGAUGGCACAACAAUUAUUUGGUUUUUUAUCGCGUAUGGCACCAACUCGUUCACAAAUCUUAUUAGCAUUAGCGGAUGGAGAAAUGGGAAAAGAAGAAAUUACUUUACACAAUAUAGAAAUGUCCUUAAUAAAUUUAAAAAAAAAUGUACUGGCGUUAAAGACAUUUUAUGAUGAUAAUGAGCUGGAAGUUACUACUACAGUAUGACAGUAAGUUCAUUUACUCGAUAAUUGAGGAAAUGCAAUAAAAAAAAAAAGAAGGAUGUAGAAGUAGUGAAACAUUACUUUUGCGAUUACAAUUAGUAGAAAAAGAUAAAUAAAGAAUGUUUUUCUGCUAAGUCUACUGCUACUAAUUACUAAUAAUAUCAGAUAUAUAUCAAUUACAGAAAUAUUAAUCAUAGAGAAAGAAGGCCAAUAAAAACUAAUUACUAUUGUUGAUGCAAAUAUUUAAUCUGGUAUAAUUAAAAAAUGUGUAAAUCAACAAUUUAAUUUUUAUGAAAAUAGAAAAUUUUUCAGUUCGCCAUAUUGUGUCCGCCAUUUUGAGUUUUGAAAAUUUAACAGCGAAUUCAGAUAAAUAAUUCGUAUUUAUGUGAAAGUUCGUAUUCCGGGUUUUUUUUUUGUAUUAUUGAUUACGAAAGACAAACUUUCGAUGUCAGUCCGUGCCAUGUGAAAUCUACCUAUCAAACAGUGGAACGGAAUGGAUACGGAAUUACUGGGUGAUUACGACAAUUAUGGCUCCUG